ACGCCAGCUCAGUGUGUAGUAGCCAGUUCACUCUCCGACUGCACACCAUACCCGCUUUUCCUGCUGGCAUGAGCGAACCCCGCUAACCAGAUCGCUAGCUUGUGGUACCCAGUCCUCGCGGGCAUUUGAUACCCACUCUACAAUGUCUGCCACUACAUACUUAAAAUUCGCAGUCGCUGUGAAAGAUGUUCUCGUGGCUUUGGUGGAAAAAGCGCCCGAUAUUAUCAAAGCCUUAAAGGAGGAUGGCAGCGGGAAGGUGAAACAGGAACACGAGGAUCUUGCACAGGACAUAUGCGCCCUUCGGAAGGAACAAGACCGGACUUCAGAGAAAAUCAACGCCUUAGUUGAGAGCCAAGAAAAAUUGAACAAAACCCUCGAGCUGCUGAUAAGACUGCUGACAGCGCUAGAUAGCCUGCCGUCAGGGACUUCGCGAGACCUGCGAGAGAGCAUUCGCGACGUCUUGGGUCAAGGAGGCCUCCGCCAGGACUCAGGCGCGCGUGUGCACGAGGAAAAUUUUUAUUCGUCAGAUCAGCAUUAUGAGAACAGCUCUGAAAACCAGGCUCCCUCAGGGCUAACCUGUGCAGUCUGCAGGUCGACCUACAACGCGCACGAUCGUCGUCCGCUUAUCUUCUCCAGCUGCGGCCACACCUUCUGCGAGGAAUGCCUUAGGACGGAGAACCGCAAGAGUGUGUUCCGGUGCCCUUCUUGCCGGCAGGACCGCGACCAGUUCUGGACGCUGAAGCCUAACUUCGCGCUGCUCGACCUGCUCGAAGCGGAGAUCAGGGACGACGAAGACGACGAAGACGACCUCAAGAAGGGUCUCCGCAUGGACGACGACGACCUGCUCUCCCUCGCCCUCCACAUGUCCGCACAGGAGGCCGAGAACAAGGAGUACAGGCGUCAGGUCGCCGCCUUACUCGCGCGAGAGCCCGCUGGGGCCGGCGACGUCCCCGGAGCGGAGGGCGGCUGGCAGGAGGAGGCAGAGGGGCGUCCGGGGAAGGAGGAAGCUUACUGCCAUGAGGAACUUGAAGGUCUUGAUGGGAAAAAGCUCCGCCUUGAGAAGGAGGAGGCUGAAGGAGAGAGGAAAACAUGCUUCUGGUUGGAGGAGGAAGAAGAACUACAGCUGGCCAUGGCUAUGUCAUUAUCUCACCAGAUGAGUGAGGAAAGGCAGCAGAUUAUUAUGAUACAGAUAAAUGCGUUCCAGCAUCAUGGAGAUGAAUUGAAGCCCUAAACACACACAUACAAACACUAUGUGUGGGAAACCUUACAUUGACGGUGUGAUUAUGAGGUAACUGUGAAAUGUGCACACCUACAUUUAUAUACCAAGUACAGCUUAUCAAUAGAGCAUGUAAAAUUUAUACAUUUGUGGAAAAUUGCAAGAUAUGCAAUUUGCAAAGGGGUAACAUAUCUUUUUAAUGUUUAUUCUAGAAAAUCUAACUUCACUGUUGAACUUAAGGAACAUAAGAAUAGGUAGCCCCACUUUCAUUUAGCCUGUAUAAGAAUAUCGAGUAAAUUAUACAAAUAAGUAUUUAUCUAGCUACAUCUGAUAUCACACGGUGCACUCUCAUUGGCUAAACUGGUGAUGUCACUAGCUCCGCCCCCUUUCUUGGCCCUAACAAUUUGAAUGAUAUUUUAUUAGUGUUUUUCAAUGUAUUUUCUUUGAAAAUGGUUCACUAAUGAAAAUGGUAUAUACAGUAUAUUCAUUAUCCAUAACCAGUGAACCAUACAUGUGUAUGUGUGCGUGUUCACACACACAAACACACAUGAUGUUGCAGCAUCAUGGAAGAAAAUCAAAGCCCUAAACACACACACACACACACCAUGUUGACUGUGAUAUGAGGUAACCGGGAAUUGUGCUCACCUGUAUUUAUAUAUCAAGUACAGCUUAUCAAGAGAACAUGUAAAGUUUAUAUUAUGAUAUUCAUGGGGAAUUGCAAGACAUCUCAUGUAAUUUGAAAAGGAAAAACAUAUCCUUCUAAAGUUUAUUCUAGUAAAUCAAACUUGACUGUUGUACUAAAGGAACCUAUGAACAGGUA